AUGAAGAGAGAAGGAAGCCAAGAGAAGAAGAGCUCACCAUCUCCAAAACGACAAUAUCAUCAUCACAGGGAGAUCUCUGCCGUCGAAAAAAAGCCAAACGGUAUCCCUAUCAUCCCUUUGGAUAUUCUAAGGGCCCAUAUACUGCCGAGACUUCCGGUGAAGUCCCUUGUGAGGUUCCAAUGUGUAUCGAAGCUAUGGUCAUCUCUUAUUUUCGACUCCAUCGUGGCUCGGUCUUUUAGUCAGCCGCGUCUACUCGUCAUCUUCCCCCGUUGGCUGCACCAAUCUUCAUUAUUCUCGUCCUCUAGUUAUUAUCCUAUGAUCACUAACUUCAAAACAUUCAUAUCCACUUUAACUCCUAGGUCUAUAAGUUACGAUAUUGCAUAUCAAUAUAUCCGUGGACUAGUUUGUUGUUCGGGUGAUAUUUUUAACCCUACCAAGAGGCAUCCCGUUCUAGUACCGGAGAUAGAUAAUGAUAAAUAUAGCAACUCAUCACGUGAUGGAUUCUUAGGGUAUGAUCCGGUUGAGAAUCAUUUUUUCACGUUACUGGGAGGUCCAAAUAGGCAGCAGUGGAGGAGCCUUGACAUCCAAGGCACUUGGGAUCACUCUCCACCAGCAGCAACGAGUAAUGGUUUAUGCAUCAAUGGGAUUAUCUAUUACAUAUCACAUAUAGGAAGCUGGCCAUAUCCGGAGUUUAACGAACUAGUGUGGUUCGACAUUAGUUUCGAAAGAUUUGAUCGUAUCCAGAUGCCCAAAACUCUUCAGAUGUGUCGGUUGGAGGGAUUGACUCUGGUAAACUACCAAGGGAGAUUAGGUUGCAUAAGUUACAACGAGGAAAGUGCGGAGAUGUGGAUUAUGGAAGAUCAUCACAGCGAGAAACAAGAAUGGUCUAAGAUUAUAUUGAGCAUACCUCAUGGAAUAUUAAAGAGACUAGGAGUUAGUCAUUGCAUCGCUGUCACUCUUGAUGGUGAGAUUGUGAUAAUGCCCAUGACAUUGGAAUCUGCUAAACCUUUCUAUGCCUACUGUUAUGAUCCGAAGCAAAACAGGGAUGCAAUGGUUGCAAUCGAAAAUGGGGAACUAAAACUUCGAGUGGGAGAUUGCAGAUAUUUUUUGUCUUAA